UUUUAUUCAUUUAUUUUGUUACACCUGAGAGAAAGUUUUGUAUCUAAUAUUGUAUAUAAAAUAUAUAUGUAGAAUAUAUAAUAUAUAAGUUGAUAAUAUAUGUGGAAAAGAAAAAAAAACAAAGUGAUUUGUGAUUUUUUUAGAGAUAACUUCUCUCUAUAAUUAAUUCAAUGAAGUAUUAUAAUAUCAUACUAUUAUUUGUUUCACACUUGUAACCUGUUAUACUUACCAAUAAUCUUACAACUUUUAUAGAAUGUUUAGUCGCGAAUGCAUCGCACGAACGAACGAAACAUGAUAUGCAAGUGCUCUCUGCGUUAUUGUUAACGUAUUGUUUAGGUUGUGUAAUAUUACAGGGUAUAGAUGAUAAACUUAUGUUAAAUAAAUUCGAUGAUAUUAAAUUUUGGAAGAAAUGUAUACCUAAAAUAUAUAAGAACAUUAAUAUCUGUGUCAAAGAUAAUCGCACGUUACAAAGGUCUAAUUAUUCAUUAACAAAUCAAUUUACAUUUUCUCAUAGGCAAAAAAUGUUUCCUAUUAAAUCAAAAUCAAAACAUUCCUAUACACUGCAAAAAUAUAUUCGUCCAUUUGAGAAAUAUCAUCAUCAACGAAAAUUACUUAUUUAUGGUGAACGAGAUAUUUCUGAAUAUUUUUCUACAUAUAAAAAGGAUUCGAAAAGACACGUGAAAGCAACUACAUCUGAAUAUUAUCAUUUACGACAAAGAAAACAGAGUGAUAAUGAAGAUGAUGAAGAACCUGACAAAGAAUAUUUAGAUGAUUGGGACGAUUGGGGUAUUUGGAGCCCUUGUAGUGUAACAUGUGGAUGUGGACAACAAGUUCGUUGGCGUCAUUGCAUAACUGAUGAUUGCAUUAAAGGAUUAAAAAAAGUACAAAUAAAGACUUGUCAUCUUAAACCAUGCGAUAAAGGUUUCUUAAGUUGGCUGGGUACCAAAAGGGAAGGAAGAAAAUAAAGAUCGAUUAUCCAGUGUCGAUCAUUAAAAAGUUUCGACACAGUCAUAGCACAAUAUCGAAUUUAUAACAUGAUUUUGGAUGUCGAGAGGAAUGUGAGAGAAGAUGCUAUUAGUUUUUAAUCAGUGUCUAUAUUCGGCC